CAUAGGCCGCCAUCUAUGCGCCGCAGGCCGUGUACGGCCGGGAUCCGCGGGAGCGGCUUUCAGGCGUGCGGUGGACAGCCCCUUGGAGUGCGACGUGGAGCCGCGAAGCCCCCCCGAAGGCCCCAUUGGAGGGAGCGUUCCAGCGGCUGUGCGCGGUGUUUGUGUGGCGGCUCCACCAUGUCGAAGGUUUCCUUCAAGAUCACGCUGACGUCGGACCCGCGGCUGCCGUACAAAGUUCUCAGUGUCCCUGAAAGCACACCUUUCACUGCAGUCUUGAAGUUUGCAGCAGAAGAGUUUAAAGUUCCUGCAGCAACAAGUGCAAUUAUUACCAAUGAUGGAAUAGGGAUAAAUCCUGCACAGACUGCUGGAAAUGUUUUUCUAAAGCAUGGUUCAGAACUGCGAAUUAUUCCCAGAGAUCGCGUUGGAAGCUGUUAACAUCUGCUACUCAUAACACACAAUUAACCUUUCAGAAUAAAUAUUGGUAUUUGUUAUUGCUGUAAAUUGAAAUCAGGCAUCUAAGGUAUUAUGAAAGCACCAGGAAUCAAUCAAACAAGGCAAGUUCAUUCUCUUGUCCCUGUUCAUUCUUUUCCUGUGAAGAGGUCGUGCUUGUGAGUGGAGGGGACUGCAACCUCAGAAGGCCACCCGGGCCAUGACUGCUACCGUGGCAGAAGAGUUCAUUUGUGGCACGUACACUGCUUUUAUAACUGGAGGAGUCUCAUAAUUCUUUUUAAGAACAUUUGGAAAAUUCUGAUUCGCUGGCUCUUGCAUAUUUUUUGAGUUAAAAAUGUUAAAGGAUCAUGGAUGACAUCUGACUUUCAGUCCUGUAGUUUGAUUUUAAAUUAUGUAGUUAGUGAUGAUGUUAAUAGACAUUUCAAUAAAUUGUUACCUAUUUUAGCUUCUUAUUAUUUAGGUUUUUAAGUUUCAAAUUUCAUAUGUCCUAUGAAAUUUAAUCUUAUACAAGAACCAAACAUUGAAUUUUUAGAUCUAACCAUUAUGUGUAUAAAUUGAUGUCUUAGACAUGGAGUAGUAACAGUAGUGCUCUUGGGAAAUCAGUAUUUGUAGUGGUGGGAAUCAAUAGUACAGCAAGAGCAUUCUUGGCUGAAUUAGGCAUUCCUUUAUACAUGUCUAAUACAGACUUUAGGACAGAAAUCCUUAAGCAACCAUUCCUUUUCAGGAUAUUUUAGAGUAGCAUUCAGAAAGAAAAUUGUUGCAGAGACAAGCUGAAAUUCACAACAAAGCUCAAAGAAAUACUGACUGCAAAUGUUGCUGAGGUGUGCUUAAUGAAGAUCUAACUUCUAAGGAAGCGUUACUGUUAGUCAUCUGAGUGGUAACAAGCCAGGGAAGGGAAGAUGGCACAGACUGAGUGACCAGGCUCCUACAAGCAGGGGAGCAAAGGACAACAGUGUGAGGAACAGAGAGCUUGCACUGUCACAAGAAGCCAACCAGUUGGACAAAGCUGCAGAGGCUGUUGGAGGGAGCUGGAAGGGAGACAAAAUAUUUGAAGUUACAUCGGAAGGCAAUUAGAGAAAACAAAGUAUAGGCCUUAUCAGUGUACACAUUUCAAAAUAUCCCUUACGUGGUUGGGUAUUGAUAUUGAACGCCUUUGAUCCCGGCUCUUGGGAGACUGAGGCAGGUAAAAUCAAGGCCACUCUGGUCUACAGUGUAAGUUCCAGGGCUACAAGGAGACCCUGUCUUUAAAAAAAAAAAAUACCCCUUAUCAAAAUCCAAAGAAAGACUUAUGUAAGAUCUUAAGGGGGAAACAUCUCAGUGGGUAGGGUAGCAGGUAAAAGCUCUUUGCAGGCCUGAGAAUCUGAGUUCAUGGAACCCACAUGAAAGGAAAGAACCAACCCCACAGAGUUGUCCUCUGGCCUCCACAGGGCAUUGUAACUAGUGUGCUCCUUCACACACAAACAAUUUUUUUAAGAUCUUAAUUGCCUUACAGAGGCAAUGUCUUUCUCAAUACAUCAUACAAGGUGAAUUAUAGGCUGAUAGUGAUUCAGAAUCAGUGCUUGACCAGCUCUAAUUUUAAAGGUGAACUCUUUGGAAGCUGAGGUUCUCUCUGUUGGGUUCUUCUUAGAAGUACAAGUUCUCAAAAAAAUUUUGCUGUAUUCAUGAAUAAUCUUUAGGAGCAACUUUUACCUUCAUGUGUUUCAGUGUCUUUGGAUUUGGUUUUCAGGAAAUGUAUAAGAAAGUCUAAUGAAGUCAGCAUCUGAAGGGUUAUAUAAGUAAUAUAAGGAGUUAUUGUUCACACAUUUGAUGAGUAAAGUCUGGGAUUCUGAAUUAUGUAGAAAGUUAGGGAGGAUUUUAUUUUUAUAAAAAUAUGAUUCUCAGAGCCCCUAUUCCUUAUAAAAUUAUACCUCAGUUAAUCAAAAUUUUUAAUAUUUCCUGAAUUCUUAGCUUAGUAUUAUUAAAUUUUUCAGCAUUCUGCCUUUAGCACAAAAUCUGUGUGCUGUUUGUAUAUAAUAUUUAGAGUGUCCUGCGAUGUAAAAUGAUUUACUUAAUAGGUUCCUUGGUUUUGAAACUGUGUAGUCUUGUAAAUAUGUUACUCAACAGCUAGAUACUUUACUGUUCAAUGAAGUGAUCUGGAAGUUCUUGUGCAGAAUGUUUUGAAAAGUACUGUGUUUAAAUCUUUACUGAUCAUAAUUAAUAUCUUAGGCAAAUGCAUUUUGUUAUCCCGUAAACUAUAUUUUCUUUUAUUUUUAGGUCUAUUAAUCAGCAUAUCUAUUGAGCCAAUUUAUUAAUGAUGAUAUUUUUAAAAAUGCAAAGUCAAUAAAUCCUCCAAGUCACGGAAAUAUGUACUUCCUAAUGUCAGUCUGUUAUAAAGAAGAGGCACGCUUGAGAAGGUUGCAGAGCUAGGUAGUGAACUAGGAAACUUGAAGUAACGUGCUGGUAGGACUACUUCCUUCAUCAGCCCCAUCAGCUUUGCUUUUUAGUCUUACACAUUGUGCAGAAUCACUUCUAACAACCAACUUUCUCCCAGUUUGUGCUGUCUGUGCCACUGUGAUACUGAAAUUGUGGGGCUGCCCUCUGUUGGUCAGUACUGGUGGUGGAUAUGUCAUGAUCCAUAUCAAACUAGGCUACCCAAAUAAACCAUUGGGUGAAAUAAAUGUUCAAAUGAAAAACUCAGUCCAAUGUAUUCUGUCCUCAAAACUCUCCGAAGGCAGCUUAUUGGUUACCCAGAGUGUUUUUUUGUGGUAUCAGACCAAUCAGAACCAGUCAGUUGAUUCUCCUGACCAUAACAACUGCUUCGUUAAAGUCCUCAUCUUUUGGUGGCUGGAGAGAUAGCUCAGCUGUUAAGAGCACUGGCUGCUCUUACCAAGGACCUGGGUUUGCUUCCUAACGCCCACAUGAUGACUGAUAAUCAUCUUUAACUCCAGUUCCAGUGGAUCUGAUGCCCUCUUCUGGUCUCCCUGGGCAUUGCAUGCACAGUGCACUUACCUGCAGGCAAAAUAUACCCAUAAAAAUAUAAAAAGCCCUCAUCUUUUUACAUGUCAUUAUAAAUCCAGUAGUCUCAGUUUCUUUUCACACUUGUUGAAAAGGAGUUUCAUUCCAUGUAGUUUCACUAAAGUUCUACUGAAUAAAGUCUAUACGUUUCAUGAGGAGAGGCCCACUAUCUUUGUGUUCUCCAGUGUACACUGCAGCCACACUGAGCUACAGAUGCUAUGUGGCACUUUGUCAUGCAUAUUUUCACACUUCAUGCCUCUCCCACAGUUGUAUGACUGGGAAACCUAGAA